AACCCUCAGUGAAGUUUUAUGCAGAUCCGAUGCUCGGUGAGGGCUGCUGGCCAAGAGAUUGUUCAGUAACAACACAGGAAGAAGCCACAAGGGAGUUAGUGGCCAUAGGACAUCUGAUUUACUGACAGUUAAUCUGAUUACAUUCAGAAUCAGACAAACAUAAAGGCAUCAUAAUGUAUGCACCCCGGGCUGUGUUGGCUCUCUGUCUGUCUUGCUUUUUGAGUGAGAAUGUAUUUGGUUAUGAAUAUGGAGAGGAUUAUCUUGAUUCCUACUAUAAUGCCAUCGCUAAUGGGGAACGCCAGCCAAGACCCACCCAAACUCCCUGUCAGUCACAAGACCUCACACGCUGGGACAAACUGUUUAUCAUGACGGAAGACUCUCAGAUGAAAGAAAACGUGCUCUUGCAGCACAGCGAAGAUAUGAUUGGAGAGAUGAACGUCAUACGGAAAGAGCUCAAGUACAUUUCUAACAACAACAAAGCAUGUGUCCAAUCCAUAGAGAACAGCUGCAAAUGUGUAAGCGACCAGAUGAACCUCAAGCUGGACCGAGCCAUGAAGCAGCUUAAAGAGGCCACAGAUAAGUAUCAAGCCCAGACAAAUGACAAACUUAAGCAGCUUAUACAGUUCGGCAGAACCCAGGUCACCCGUCUAACCAAACUUGAAAGCAGCUUCCUGCAAGGAGCAGGUUUGGGUCAAGUGGUCACGAAAGUGGCCACAUAUCCAAAAGAGCAAGACGCAAGUAGUGCGGAUGGUGGAAAGCUUGAGAGAGCCCUAGUGGCCACUGCGGCAGAUCUCCAAACGGUAAAUACCCAGCUGGCCUUUUUCCAAAGAGCAACUUCGCACCGUUAUCUGCCCUCAGGCUGUGAAAUGGCGAUCUUAUUUCCAAUGCGCUCCAAACACAUCUUUGCAGAGGUGACCCCGUCCAUCUCCUUCUCCUUACAAUCAUUUACAAUCUGCCUGUGGGUCAAGGUGACUCAGGCCCUGGACAGAACGGUGCUUUUCUCUUACGGCACCAGGAAGAAGCCACAAGAGCUCCAGCUUCUUUUGGCUAGGCGUUCUUUGAUGCUCACGGUGGGCAGUGAGACAAAUCGGGUGGAAGCUCAAGGCAUAGUAACAGAUGGGCAGUGGGGACACGUGUGCGCAACUUGGAGCUCAAAACAGGGGCUGGCGUCUCUGUGGAUGAACGGAGAGAAAGUCGCCUGUGUCCCGGGAGUAGCCGAGGGCCGCGUAUUGCCUGGAGAUGGAUUCGUCCUUCUGGGACAGGAGCGUAGCCGGUCUGGAAGUUUCAAGGAUCUGGACUCUUCGGUCGCCUUCACAGGAAAGAUGACAGGGGUGAACAUGUGGAGCCGUGUGCUGGAAGCAGAAAGGAUUAGAGAGUACGCCAAUCCAGAAGGAUCCUGCGAUAACCUCGGGAAUCUGAUCGGAUGGGGAGUGUCAGAGAUCAUUCCGCAUGGAGGCGCUCAAUAUAUCAACUGAUACUGAACUCUAUGAGGCUAAUACAGUAUGCCUUAAAACUACUAUUUUGUAUAUUUUUUUGAUUUUGUACGGACCUCAAUGAUUUUGUACGGACACUGCAGAUGCUAUGAAAACUUAAAACACUUAAGCCACAAAAGCUAUAGGGUUUAUUCUUUUUUAAACAAUGCAGUAAGCA